AUGUCCAACCUCCCCUCCCAGCAUCCCACCCUCGCCCUCCACCUCACCGACCUCACCCUCACCCCGCUCAUCACCUCGUCCUCGUCGCCCGCCCACCUCGAGUCCCUCACCUCCCUCGCCUCGAGCGCAAUCACCGCCCAGACCGCCGCCCAGCGCGCCAGCCUCGGCCGCCCCCAGCGCAUCAUGGUCGAGUAUCCGGACUCGGGCGCCGUCGUCCUGCAGUCCUACCUCGACCCGCGCGAGUCGGGCGGCGGCGGCGGCGGUCUCUCGGAGAGCGAGGCCGGGUCCGUCUCAAGGUACAAGCGCGACCACGACCACGACCACGACGGUCACGACGCCGAUGUCGAUGUCGAUGAUGCGACUGCGAGGACUCCCGUCGACGACGCCGGUCCCCCCGUGCUCAUUGGCGUCGUCGUCGCCGCUUCGUCGGACGAUGCGAGGGAGGCCAGGCGCGCUGCGGCGAGGCUGGAGCGCAUCGGGCGGGAGAUUCAAAAGGAGUGGGCGGCUCAGGGGCUGGAUGACACCGACGGGAGAAGCACGCCCGAAUGA